CUAUCCACUAGAGUCAGGCUGCCUCUCAAGCUAACAUGAAUGCCCCAUUUUACAGAGAUUGGAGGUUGAGGGCAGGGAGAAAGGUCUCUCCCCGGUCUCCAAGUGUUUAGGAAAGGGUGAAAAAUGCUGGAGUCCACCUCUGAACCCAGGACUCCCAACUCUUGGCUAAAGGAGCCAGCGCACAUGCUCACAGAUGCUGGGGCUGCUCAGGAAGCGGCUGGCUGCCAGGGGCCAUUUCAAAGAGAGCAUUGCCGGGCAGGCGCAGCUAGAGAACCCAGCAACCGAGUCUCGGACAGAAAUGCUGCUUCCAGCGGAAGAAGUGACACAUGGCUGGAAUACUGCCCCGACCUGAGCUGCCCUGUGCUGACCCAAGCUGAGUAGUGAGCUCAGGCUAGACCACCUCUGCUGACUCCCACCCAAGAUGGCCUGGAAGAUGUGUAGGGGUUGGGCAUCUCAGAUGGUUGCUAUCUAUAAUCCUUGAGUUUCUCCCAUGACCUACUUACUGAUGAGCCUAGUUUAGGUGCCACUGGGGGUGGGGGAGGGACAGAUUGGGUGUGGGGAGUGGAAAGAAAAGCACGACUGCCAGUAUUCAUUCAGCAGCCACCAAGGGCAGAACUCGAUGUUCGGGGCUAUUAGGACAUACAUAGGUUAGAGCAGACCUAAUCUCUGCCCUCAGGGAUGCAAAAAUUGGGAAGAGGGCAGUGAAGGAAUAGAGUAAGGCAGGAUCUAGGGCUUGGGGUGGGAGAGGAACACGGAGCGGGGUCUUUGGCAGGGUCUGGCUCAUACCAAGGAAUUUUUGAGGGUAAAUUCUAUCUAGUUAUCUCCCUCCUUUGGGAGCACCAACUUUUCCAAUGCAUUGUUUAGGCUAAUUAGGGAUGAUUUCUCAUGAGCAGAUGGUGUGUGCGUGAGACUGUGUUCAAUGCAUGUAAACCGAACACGUUGUGUAGACACGUGGAAAUGUGUGUUUGCAUGUAGUUUUUGAAGACUCCCAAGGAUCCAAUCCAAACACCCAACAGGUAUGUGAAGGAGUCCCCUCUACAACAUCCCAAUGAAGGAUCAUUCAGUUUGCUUGAAUGCUGUGCAUCUGUAGUGACAGGAGGUUCAUCACUAUGGAAAGCAGCCAGCUUUACUCUGUUUGUGUGUGUGUGUGUGCACACGCGUGUGUGUGUGUGCACAUGUGCAAAGAUGGAGGCUGGGCUGGGGGUCUGGGCAUAGGCAGUACAGAGCCUCUCCACGGGCAUCUCUGCCCUCCCUCCAGGUGCCAGUAUGGUCCCAGGUCCAACCCCUCUUCCCUUUAGGAAAUUGCCUUCAGGGAUGGUCAGACUUGAAAAUGUUUAUAAACUCCUUUAUAUUAAGAUUCAAAUGAUUGAUAACAGUUUUAAAGUGUUCCCCCCUUUUUCUCAUUUAAUGGUAGCCAGAUACCCCGAUUUUAAUUCCAUUGGCCAUAUAUUAAGUACCUCUUAGGUUCUAUGUUCUAUACAAGGCACCUAAAGCUGAAACACUGACCUCAGGGAGCUUCCAGUCUAACAUGGGAGAGUACAACAUGGGCACAAGAAUGAUACGAGGGCAAAGGAAAGAGAAAAUACUUCCAAGGCUAAAGUUUCCUGGUUGGAAAAUAGUAUGUACAGGGGAAGCAUAUGAAAGAAACCUGGCUGGAGAAACAGGGGGGCACCAGAGGGGAGCUGGCCUGCCAUGCCAGAUGAAGGAAUCUUUAGUUUUAUCCUAGAGGCAAAAGGAAGUCACUGAAGGUUUUUCAGCAGGAAAAUGCCAUAGAGGACCCAAGGAUAGGCAGUUGGGAGGAUGAACCAGAUGGGGGAGAAACUGGAAACAAAGAUUCCCAUUAAGAAACUGAUUAUGGUAGGGGCAGCUAGGCGGCUCAGUGGAAAAGAGCCUGGCCUGGAGAUAGGAGGUCUGGGGUUCAAAUCUGGCCUCAGAUACUUCCUAUCUGUGUGACCCUGGGCAAGUCACUUAACCCCAAUUAUCUAGCCCUCACCACUUAGUAUCAAUUCUAAAUAGAUGGUAAAAGUUAAAAAAAAAUUAAUUUGUGAUGGUGCCUGCAAGAUGAUAUAAAGGCUGAGGUGACUUCCUAGAUGAGAAUAUGGAGGGAGAGAAUCAAUUUAAUUCAACCAACAUUUACUGUGUGCCUACUGUGAGUAAGGUCCUAUAUGGGAUAUUGAAUAGAAUACUCUUCCCUCAGCUGUCUUCACAAAGAGAAGCUACCUAAAUUAUAAAAGGUAUUUCUGCAGCCCUUUAAGUGUCAUGAAUCCUUUCCUGCAGCAUAGUAGCUUUUGAGGUUGAUAGGGUGAUUUUAUCCCCAUUUCACAGAUGAGGAAACUGAGGCCAAUAAUAACAACAGCAACAAUAAUAGUAUUUAUACAGUCACUUUAAGGCUUGUAAAGUGCUUUCCAGAUGUAAUCUUAUUUAAUUAAAGAAACGGGAAGUUACUUUUCCCAGAGUCAGGAUGUUAGGGAGUGGCAGAGCUAGAAUUCCUACUCUAAUAAUAAUUCCCGUUUGCAUAAAGCUUUAGUAAUAGCAGCUGCUGUUUCUCUAGGGCUUUUGAGGCCUGUAAAAUGCUUGAUGUCUGUUACCUCAUUUGAGCUUUGCCACCAUCUUAGAAGUGAUUGCCCCUUGAGAGACUAGGAAAUUGCCGUUUACAGAGAUCAAGUAGCCUGUGCAUAAUUGCACCACUGGCAAAUUCCAUGUAAAGAUUGGAACCCGGGGCCAACACUCCUUCUGUUGUAUCACACUGCCUGGUAAGUAUGUGGAAGUCAAACAGGGUAGUCCUAGACUAAAGAGUGAAGGAAAAGGAGUGACUCCAAGGGUGGGUGCUGCACUAUACCUGGGGAUUUCUAUUUCUUUACAUUUUCCUCUAAAUUGUGUAACUUACAAAAUUUAGAGAUUAGACAAAUAAUUAUACGUUAGCUACAAAAAAUAGGAUUCUUUGUUAAACUACCAGCAAAAUCUCAUUUUCUUGGUUAUCCCCAUCAGAAAUGACAUCAAACUUGACUAGCUGAUUCACAUCAAAGAUUUACAAAGCACUUUUCUUACAAUAAUCCUACUAGAUAGAUGGCACAAAUAUUAUACUAUAUCCAUUUUCCAGAUGGGGAAAUUGAGGCUUAGAGAGGGGUAAAAAAAAGUGAUUUGUCCAAUAUCACAAUGGGAUUCAAGUUGGGGCUCCCAUCAAGGUCUCCUACCUCCAAGGCCAGCCUUCUUUUUCUGUCUUAUCUCAUAUCAUCUCCCAUAAAACUAGCUCACUCUUACUAUCUCCUGUAUUCCCCCUGAGCCCCCACUUUCUACCCCUGUGAUAUUGUUGCUCAUGAUGUCCCUUUCCUUCCCUUGAACCUACCCACCCUUUAAAGCCCAAUCCCAGGGCUACCAGGAAAAGGCAACUGGACAUGAAAGCUUGGGUUUGAAUCCUACCUCAGCCCUAUUUAGUGACUCCAGGCAAAAAUCAUACCCACUGCCUCCGUUUCCUCAUUUGUAAAAUGAAGAUAAUAAAACGCCUACUACAUAUGUUAUGAGAAUCCAAUAAGAAAAUAUAGGCAAGGCACUUUAUAAUUCUUAGUGUUGUACAAAUGUUAGCUUUCAUUAUUAUCCCUCAGAAAGCUGCCCCUGGACACUUCCUAUCCCCCCUCCAACACCAUCACCUAGUUUUGUUUUUACCUUUAUCUCUAAUGCACUUUUGCAUGACUGUGUUUUAGUUAUCAAUAUAUCUUAGUUCUGCUGCUAGCCUCAGAGACUGAGAAAUAGAAGGAAACUCAGAAGUCAUCUAUUCCAACAUCUUCAUUUCAGAGAUGAAGACUCAGGGACACGGGGAGGCUCAGUUACCUAGCUGAGGUCACACAGCUAGUAAAAUGGUAGGAUUAGGGUUUCUCAUGAGUCCCACAGGGCACAGAUGCCUUAUCAAGGCAGGUAAGUGGUAUAGCUCUUGCAAGUCUUUUAGACUUGGAGUCCACAGUAGGAUUCAAACUCUAGUCUUGAUUAGUUAAUUCACAUCAAAGAUUUACAAAGCAUUUUUCUUGCAACGAUUCUAUUGGAUAGAUGGCACAAAUAUUGCUCCAGGUCUACCCACCAUGUCAAGUUGCUUUUUCCUGGUAGCCUUGAAAUUGGGCUUUAAAGGAUGAGGAGGUUCAAGGGAAGCAUGAGCAAGGGGACUGCCUUCUAGGCUUGAGGGACAUCAUGAGCAGCAAAAUCACAAAGGUAGGAAAGUGUGUGUAGGAAAUGAAGGGGAUGGUAAGUGAUCUGGUUUUAUGGGGGAUAAUAUGAGCUUGGAAAAGUCAGGUACUGGAGUAAGAAAUUAUUUAUCUAGCAGAGUGACCCCUGGGAAAGUCUCUUAAUCAGUCUCAGCCUCAGUUUUCUCAUCUGUAAAAUGGGAGUGAUAGAAGCACCCUCCUCACAGAAUUGUUCUAAGGGUCAAAUGAGUUAAUGCAUGAAAGGCAUUAACAAUGCAAACCUUAAAACAUCCUAUAAAUGCUAUCAUUAACUAAAUUUUGCAUCCCCAACAAUGCUUGGGACAUAGAAGCCCACUCAAUGAUUUUACAUCUCCCUGUUAAGAGCAGGAGUGCCUGGGCUAGGCACUUGUUAAACAUUUUCUGAAAGAAUGAAAGGUCCCCUUUUAGAGAAGUUUGAUUACUCAGAUACUUGGUAUCUCAAACUAGGCUAGAAAUGUCUAGUUUUGUUUCUAAUGUGAGUUAUCUUAAUGAGCCAGGAAGAACCACCUCAAAUUAAAUUGUACACAAAUGGGUGAUUCUGAAAUGUCUGUUUGAAAAAGUGUAAGUUGCUCACAGAUGCUUCCUUCCUCCUGUAUGAUAAAAAAAAAAUGAAAUUUUAGCCGAAACUCUGUCUAAAUUAUUCCACGUUCUGAACAAAUGAAGCUCCAAUUCCUUGAGUUUUUGCUGUCCCUUCAAGCAUAAGAUCUGGAUUUUUGAGUUGGGAAGGAAUCUCAUUCAUUCUAACAAUUCCAGUUUACUGAUGAAGAAGCUGAGCUCCAAAGAAGUUAUUUUCCCAAGCUCAUACAGGUGGUAAGUAGCAGAGCUGGAAUUUAACCCCAGACCCUCUCUAGGACUUUCCCCACCAUUAGCCCUUGCCCAUCCAUCACAUCCCACUUUACCUCCUUAUAAUUAUUUAAAAUUGUUCUUUCUGAUCCUCUCCUGAUCUUCCAGGUUAAAAAACCCUGUUUAGAGUUUCUCAUGAGAUAGAGAGAUAGAUACUUCCUCCCCAAAUCUAGGGUUAAAGCCAGACACUUAGGGCUUUAAGUCACUGUAAAACUAGUGAUCUAGUCUAACCCUUUGAUUUUAAAUUUUUUAUAACCCUUACCUUCUGUCUUAGAAUCAAUACUAAGUAUCAAUUCCAAGGCAGAAGAGUGGUAAGGGCUAGGCAAUCGGAGGUUAAGUGUCUUGCCUAGGGUUACAUCUGAGGCCAUAUUUGGACCCAGGACUGCUCAUUUCCAGGCCUGGUUCUCUACUUACUGAGCUACCUAGCUGCCGCUAACUGAUUUUAUAGGUGAGGAAAUUGAGCACAGUUUGUAAAAAGCAAGGGCCGAUCAGAAUUUUUUCCAGUGGCAAAGCCCACCUCAGAAUCGAACUUCGGUCCUGUUAGUGGGGGGACCCCCUUCUUUCCCCAAAUGCUUCUCAUUUGGUCACCACUUAAUGAGGAGUCAAGAGCCCUGGGUUUCUUCAUGAUUCCCCCAUUCCAAUAGCUGCCUGUGAGAUGAUGAAUAAGUCACAUCCCUUUGGGCUUAGUUUCCUUAUCUGAAAAAUAAUAGGGGGCCCACUCAGCUCUUGACAUUUUAUGUUCUAAUGUUCUUUCUGAAUCGGGCACUGUAUAGCUCUGCAGUUCCCCAACUGGUCCUCCUCCCCCUUCUUCCCUUUCCUAACCUUCCCUGCCCUCCUUGGAUUUACAAACUAACCAGCCCUUGAUUGAGAGGCAGGUACUGGGAGAGAUCCAAGUCCCAGUUUAGCCACUAGACUUGCUAUUAAGACCUUGAGCAACUUCCCUCUUUAGAAUGUCAGUUACAUCUUUACCGGAAAGGGACUGUUUAUCCUGGGUUAGGUGGUUUCUAAGAUCUUUCCCAGCCCUGAAAGUCCAUGAUUUAUGAUUCUCUCUCUCCCCUCUCUACCCUCCAGGUGAAGGAAAUGACUUUGGAACCGUCAUUUCCUUUUUCCCUGGGUCUCUCAUCACCCUUGCAGCCCUUAUGCCUAACCUGGAGCACAGCUCUUUUAGCCGGUCUCUUUUCUUCCCUGCUAAAUCGUCUAAAGGCUUUCAGUGGCCAUAGCCUCCCACAGCCUUCUGACUAGGGAGCAGGGUGGUAUCCUAUUAUAAGGGAAGUGAUGGGUUGGGGUUUUGCAUUGGAGACCCUUUUUCUCUCUGGUCCUUAGUUUUCUCAUCUGUAAAAUGAAAAGAUGGUACCGGGUGGGGUUCACAGAACAUUCUCAGUUCAAAGCUCAGGGGCCUUCCAGUUAUGACGUUUUGAGCUACAGUCCCUUUAAAUCUCCUUUCUUCACAGAGGCGCCCCCCCCACCCCCCAUCCCCCCAGUUGGGAUGUUGCUAUAGUGAAUCUCCUUGGCAAUGACCCUAACAGGGUGGGGUGGGGGAGACCCGGGGACGCAUGCUCUGUGAGGGCUGGAGGGAUUCCGCCCCGAGCUGGGGGUCCCCAAACAAAGGUGCUGGAAGGGCGAGGCUGCGCGGGCAUUGUCGUACUCGGAGCUUAGUCGAGUCUGCAGGGAAGGCAGCUACAGCCUAUUCGCGUCCCCUCCAUCUCUCUCCGUUCCUUUCUUCGGGUCGUUGGGCCACGCGCAGCCUAGUGCCCAAGCUGCAGGCCGGACAAUCGCUAUGGCCGCUCGGCCCGCCGCCGGGGCCCCGGUCCCGAUGCUGUUCCCGCUGUUGCUGCUACUGCUACUGGUGGCCGCACCCGGGCUUCUGACGGCCGAGCCCGCAUCAGGAAGUGUCAUCCCGGCUGAAAGCCGGCCUUGUGUGGAUUGCCAUGCUUUUGAGUUCAUGCAGAGAGCCCUCCAGGACUUGAAGAAGACUGCCUACAGCCUCGACACGCGGACAGAGACACUCCUCCUACAGGCGGAAAGAAGAGCCCUGUGCGAAUGCUGGCCCGCUGUGUCCUAGGCCAACUCCAGCGUUCCCAUUUCACCCUGCAGUUCAGAAAAACUGCAGGAAACUUUGGCUCAAGAUGUAAGCAUCUGAACUGCCCCAGAAGGAAAGGGGUCGUUCCUCCUCCUCCCUCCAGAGCACAUCUCCCCCGCUUCUGCCUGCAUCACCUCAGCUGUGGCCCCUGCACUGUGAACACUUGUGUCUGUGGCCUAGAGAGCAGGGCUCCUGACACAAAGAGAGUUUGUCUUCUGUCCCCCCCCCCCCCCAUUCCUCUCCUGGGCCUUGUCUCCCAUCCAUACUAAGGUGCUACGGAAUCAAUGGCAAGAAGAGCUUCAGAAAGCUGUGAACACCAAGGAGUGCUUCAGUUCAAUUCAAUAAACAUUUUGCCCUUUCAUCUUCUCGCUUCCUAGUUUUGAGUUUCUCCACCUCUUUUCCUUCUCUCUCUCUCCGUCUCUCUCUGUCUCUGUCUCUGUUGUUCUCUCUGUCUCUGUGUCUCUUUCCCUCUCCCUCCCUCCUUCCCUUUCUCUCUCUCUGUCUCCUCUCUUUCUCCGUCUGUCUCUCUUUCUCUCUGUCUCUUUGUCUCUGUCUCUGUUUCCCUGUCUGUGUGUCUGUCUCUCCCUCUCCCUCUCUUCCCCCUCUCUCUGUCUCUGUCUCUCCCUCUCUCUGUGUCUCUUUGUCGCUGUCUCUCUAUCUCUGUCUCCCUUUCUGUCUGUGGGUCUCUCUCCCUCUCCCUCUUCCCUCCCUCCCUCUCUCUCCUGCCCCUUUCUCCCUCUCUUCUUCCUUCCUUUCUCUUCUCUCUCAUUUCUCUUUUUCUUCUCUGCCUCCUCCUCUUCCCAUGGCCUUCUCCACUCCCAUGUCUUCUUCUGGGGUCACCUCCAUGUUGAGUUGAUUCUCAGCUCUCUGCCUUGAGCUCUCGCUAGCCCUGUUGGGCAUGUGCAUUUGGCUUUUCCAACCAUCUCAAGCUCAAUGUGUCCCAAACUGAACUCAUCCUCUGUAAAGUGGGGAGAGUAAUACUUGCACUACCUACCUCACAGAUCUGUCCUAGGGAAAGUGCUUUGAAAAACCUAAAAGCACUGAAGAAUUGUGAGUGGCUUUAUAUGUGAGUUAUUAUUUUUCCCAGUUUCUUCCCAACUUCCCUUGUCCUAUUGGUUCCACUGGCCUUCCAGCCAUCCAGGUUUGCAUCCCCCUCUCUCUCCCUACUCCCUUUCUCCCAUCUAGUCAGUUGCCAAGUCCUGUUAAUUCCACUUCCCCAACUAUUCUUGCAUCUUGAACCCCACUCUCUUCCCUCUGCUCGCCCUGACCUCUAUCCUAGUGCAGACCCUUACUACUUCAAACAGAACUCCUGGAAUAGACUCCUAAUUGGUUUCUCCACCUAUAGCUCUCCUUUCUCAAAACUAUUCAUGAAAUAGCUACCAAAUUAAUUUUCCUAAGUAUAGUUAUGAUCAGGACACGCCCUCACUGAAAAACCUUCAGUGGCUACCCAUUAUCUGCAGAAUAAAAUGGAAAUGCCUGAAUUUGCAGAUUCAAUACUGCCCAAUUUGGUUCUAACUUCUCUUUGCAAUAUUUAAUUCUGUGCCCCUCACUGAGCAAAGCUAAAUUGGACUCUCUAUUGCCCUGCCUAUUCCAGUCUUGUCCCAUACUCUCCUGCCACCAUGAGUUCAUGCAGGCUGUCCUUGGGAGCACCUGGAACCUAUUUCCUCUUUAUUUCUGCUAGGUAGAGUUGAGGGCUCAGUUCAGGUGCCAUUUCCUCUGGGAAGUCCUCUCGGAUCCUUUCCCCUCUACUCCAUGUUUUUUGCUCCUUAGACUUUCUCAUACUACUUUGGAUCUCUCUUUUGCUUCUGUCUCACCCUCCCUUGUAAAAGACUUAUCUGUGUUUGCCUUAUCACCCCCCCAGUAGAUUGUAAGCCCCUUGAGGGCAGGGGCUGGAUCAUUUGUCAUCUUUGUACCCCCAGUUCUGAACCCCAGGCCUGGAACAUAGUAAAUGUGAAUAAUAAAUGUUUGUUGAAUUGAA